UGACUAUAAUGGGAUCCUAUUAUAGGUGCAAAUACUGGAGUUAUGAUGAGAACUUGCUCACGUCCAGUGUGAUCAUUGUUUUCCAUAAUGAAGGCUGGUCGACGCUCAUGAGGACCGUUCACAGUGUUAUCAAGAGGACCCCUAGAAAAUACCUGGCUGAGAUUGUCAUGAUAGAUGAUUACAGUAACAAAGAACAUUUAAAGUCAAGGCUGGACAAUUACGUCAAGCAGUGGAAUGGGCUGGUAAAGGUAUUUAGGAACGAACGUAGAGAGGGGCUUAUACAGGCCCGAAGCAUCGGAGCCCAGAAGGCGAAACUAGGACAAGUUUUAAUUUAUCUGGAUGCACACUGUGAAGUGGGAAUUAAUUGGUAUGCUCCUUUAAUAGCUCCUAUAGCCCAAGACAGAACUGCUUGUACUGUUCCACUAAUAGAUUACAUUGAUGGCAAUGUUUAUACCAUUGAGCCACAGCAAGGUGGGGAUAGCGAUGGUUUUGCUCGAGGGGCCUGGGACUGGAGCAUGUUAUGGAAACGAAUUCCAUUAAGCGACAGAGAAAAGGCCAAACGAAAGCAUAGAACUGAACCUUAUUGGUCUCCUGCCAUGGCCGGAGGAUUAUUUGCGAUCGAGAGAGAGUUCUUCUUCGAGUUGGGUCUUUAUGACCCAGGUCUUCAGAUCUGGGGAGGAGAGAACUUUGAAAUUUCCUACAAGAUCUGGCAAUGUGGAGGAAAGCUAUUGUUUACACCUUGUUCACGUGUGGGUCACAUCUACCGUCUGCAUGGGUGGCAAGGAAACCCACCCCCAGUUUAUGUGGGAUCCUCACCAACACUGAAG